AACUGUCACUGUCAAAUACAUAAAUACAAAUUUUCUCAACUCAUUUCUCUUUGAUUAGUGUAGGUUGAAUGUACUUUGUCCGGCAAACGAUUUUCGUGUUUAAUGAUAAUUAUUAAAUAAAUUGUAAUACUUGUACAAAGAAAAUGGGUCCUCAUAGUGUAUUGUCGUUAAUGUUUGCGUCAGUAGUAAUCACAUUAGCUCAUGAAGAUGUUUACUCAAUCAAAUACACCACAGAAAAUUUUUCCCAAGAAGUUGGAAAGAAAAAUCAUUUUGUCAUGUUCUACGCCCCUUGGUGCGGGCAUUGUCAAAAAUUUUCUCCAAAAUGGGAACAAUUAGCUGAAAUGUUGAAUGAAGAUGACACGAAUAAUAUAAAAAUAGCUAAAGUUGAUUGUACUACAGACAGUGAAGUAUGCUCCGAACAAGAUAUUACUGGAUAUCCCACACUUAAAUUUUACAAAGUAGGAGACUCAGAAGGUGUGAGGUUUAGAGGAACCAGAGAUCUUCCUUCAAUAACCAAUUUUAUCAAGGAGCAACUGAGAGAGGGAGAUGAAAGCCAUACUGAGGAAGCAGUCUCUGAUGAAGCCACGGCCGUUGAUGGCUUGACCGAGCUGACAGAAGAUAACUUCCACAAACAUGUUAAGAGUGGAAAACAUUUUAUCAAGUUCUAUGCCCCUUGGUGUGGACACUGUCAGAAAUUAGCCCCAGCGUGGGAGCAACUCGCUAAAACUCUAGAGCUUGACAAUGAAGUUACCGUAGGGAAAGUAGACUGCACGCAGCAUAGAUCUGUCUGUAACGACUUUGACGUGAAAGGAUACCCCACUCUAUUAUGGAUAGAAAAUGGCGCAAAGGUGGACAAGUACCAAGGAGACAGAAGCCACGUCGACCUCAAGCAAUACGUUAACAAAAUGUUAGGAUCCGAGAAGACAGAAGGAGCAACUCCAAAAGAGGCUGCAUCUGACGCUGAUCUUCCAUCAGGAGAAGUAACCGGCGACAACUUCAAGUCUACCAUAGAAUCGGGCAUUUCUUUCGUCAAGUUUUACGCGCCAUGGUGUGGGCAUUGUAAGAGACUGGCACCAGUUUGGGACAGCCUCAGAGAGAAGCUCGUCUCAAGACCUGAAGUUAAGGUCCUUAAAGUAGACUGUACGUUAGAAGUUAACAAACAGUUGUGUAAUGACGAAGAAAUUGAAGGUUUUCCCAGUCUUAAUCUAUACCAAAACGGCGAGAAGAUCGCUUCGUAUAGUGGCAGUAGGAGUUUGGAAGAUCUACAAGACUUUUUGUUGAAGCAUACACCACGUGAUGAACUAUAAACAUUUCUAGUUUACAAAAAAUUAUAACUUCUUUAUUUAAAAUCAAUUUUUUUUGUUCUUGGUUUUUUUGUUCGAAAAGUAUUUUCUUCGUUGAAUUAACGAAACAAACUAUUCACACCACUGUUUUACAUAUCUUUCCGCAAUACAGGGUGGUUUGUAUUAGGUAUUAUCUUAUCUAUGAUAAGUAUCACUUAUUUGCUUGUUAACUGUAUAUACCACUUAACUAAACCACUUCAGGUCAACGUUUUACACACUCUAGCAACGAUUGUCUUUGAAAAAAUACUUAACAUCGUUAUUUCACGAAGGAUUCCACAACCUUUACUUUAAAUAUACAGGGUGUCCCAGAAAAUAGUGCGUUCCUUUAAGGUAUGGAUAUAAUACACAAUGUAAAACAAAAAAGUCCUAUAACAUUUUUUUCUAAAGUUAACUGUUUCCAAAAAAAAAUUACAUUGUUCUCCAUAUAAGCGAACUUUUAUUUUCAUAAAAUUAACUAAUCUGACAUCACUGUACAAGAACUGUUUGUGAUUUAGGUUAUUGACACCACAAAUGUAGGUCAGACAGGUAGACACCUGCAAAAUAAUUAUACCACCCUAUGUGUGAAAAUCAAACAAAACAAGAAUUUGUUUGUUUGUUGAGGAAAAAGACAGUUUUAACUAUUUAGAAUGGGAAAUAAGCCACAAUAUUAUUAAAAAAUGAUUUUUAUUAACGUUUCGACGCCCAAAUCGGGUGCCGUUGUCAAAAUACAAAAUAGUAUUUUGUAUUUUGACAACGGCACCCGAUUUGGGCGUCGAAACGUUAAUAAAAAUCAUUUUUUAAUAAUAUUGUGGCUUAUUUCCCAUUCUAAAUAGUUAAAAUUGUAAAAAUGCCACAAGAAAAUAGCUUCAGAAAAAGACAGGUUUUAAUGUAAAUACUAAAGGCCCAUGCGGCAAUUGUGACUGUGUCUAUCUUUAGAUUUUGUAUACAUAGUUGUCAGAUUUCAAUUUGCAUUCCAAAAGGUAUUUUUGUUUUUUGGCCAAACGGCUGAGUUUAGAAAAAAAUGUUAUGACUUUUUUGCUCUACAUGGUGCCUUCUACCUAUACCUUUAAGGAACGCACUAUUUUCGGGGACACCCUGUAUUUAUAAUUAUAUUAAACAAGGCAACAAAGUCCUCGUUAGUUGCCUAAAUGUCUUCCGGUUUCAUGUUCUUAUUCUAUUGCUUCGUGUGACUCCCCUGUGGAUAUUUUUCCAUAUCAUUCCACCGUGGUGUCCGGAAUUUUUACUUUUACUUCAAUUUCUACACUUUCACAACACUAAGUACUGUUAGUAAUUGGUUUUUCUUUACCUUUUAUCAUCAAUCUUUUGUUCUCGCUAUAUUUUGUUUUGUUGUAUUUGCAAUAGAAGAUAAAUAUUUCUUUUAAAAUGCACUAUAAAAAAAAAGAAAUAUUACCAACUGUAUUUGUUAACUGUAUACCUAUCUUUGCUAGAUUUCGCCAAAGCAACAUUUUUUUGCUUAAAAUCACAAGUACUAACUAUUUUUUGAUUUUAUUUUCACCUAUGGCACACAGCAGUGCUCCCAAAUUAAAAAUAAGGUGUUAUAUUUCUUCAGCUAUUAAUGAUUUUCGAGUAAGGAGCUACUCUUUCUACUGUAAAAGUAGAACAAAAUCAUCAGUAGUACUAGUUUUAUUAAAAAUUUCCAUUCAUUUAAAAAUGUAGUUCUGAAAUAUUGUGAUAUUUUUGUGUUUAUAGCAGUAUUUUGCUCAAUUUUUGUUAAAUAUCAGUAGUUAAAGAACCAUUCCCAAUUUGUGUGUUCAAUACCUUUGUAUUUUGAUUGGUUUUGUUGUUUAAUUUUAAAUAAAGAUUAAAGAUAU